AUGGAUGCCGAUAUAUGUCAACAGUUCAAGAAUGUAACGGCGAAUUUAGAAUAUGAUUCGAGUAAUGGAAGCUAUAGAUUUAUAAAUAAUGAAUAUUUCAAAGAGUACUGUACUGAUGAUAGUUGUGAUAAUGAUCUCAAAAAAAUUAAUGCUGGAUGUUUAUAUUUUUUUGAUACAUUCUUUAAGGAUGAUUCUGCGUUUGAAACGGCUGCAAAAGGAAACAUCUAUGUUAUUGAAUACAUUUUGAUAUGGUUAAGUUAUAUGUUAAACCUUACCAAAACUCAAGAAAACAACAGUAUAGAACUUUUUUAUGAUACAUACAUAAAGGAUAAUGCUAAAUAUACUAAUAAUAUGAAAUAUAUUGAUGGUUAUAAAGGUUAUAAGGAUCUUAUAGAUGAAAAUAAAUAUUUUUUAAGUAUUGAUAUGAACAAUAUAUCUAAAUUAUAUGAUGCAUUUAACAUAUUAUGUGACAUAUAUAAUGGGGUUGAUACAAACGACUCAAAUUGCGAGAAAUAUUCGGAAAAGGCUGGUCAAUUUGUUGAAAAAUAUAAAAAACAUAUCAUAGAUCAUGACGUUACUGAAGAUAAACCCUAUUUCCAUGUAUUUCUUACUUUAUUAAAAGAUUAUGAUAAAUUAAAAAAAAAAUGUGAAGAUUUCCCAUCCAUUCCAUAUAUAACAAACAUAAUUUCUGAACAUGUUUCUGAAGUUAUAUCAAGUUCGUCGAUAGCAAGCAAAUUAAUUCCAAUUUUAUCGAUAUUAGUUGCAAUAGCAAUUUUUUUAGGAAUUUCUUAUAAGUAUUCGUUAUUUGGAAUUCGGAAACGAGCUCAAAAACAAUAUUUAAGAGAAAAAAUAAAAAAUAUAAAGAAGAGAAUGAAUCAUUAA